AUGCCCGGGGCUGCCUGCGGGCAGGGAGGCUGGAUGCUGGGGCUUGGUGUGGCAGGGGAGGGCAGGGAAGGGGCAGCGGGGAAGCCAGAGUGCCGUGGGGACACCACACUGGCCCACGGGCCCACGCCUCAGCCCUGCGCUGGGGCAGGCAGGCGGGUCCCAGCCUGCAGGCAGCCAGGGAGGAAGAGGAGGAGGAGUUAGUGCUCGUUGCGGGCAGCCUUCCCGGGCAGCUUUCCCAGCUCUGGGCAGAGCAGAAAGAAAAAGGGGAAAGACACCCGAAAGACCAAGAGAGUGGUGACUCUGGUGGUGAUUCUGUCUUUGCUGAUGUACCCGGUGCUGAGGAGCGUCGCUCUUCAGCUGCACUCUGCCAUCACCGGCAGCUACAUCUCCGGGACCCACUCCAUCGCCUUCAUCAACUGUCUCAACGAGCAGAUUGCCAAGGAUAUCGCAAGGGCCAUCAUGGACAAGAAGCUGGCUGCCUACGUGAACAUCCUGCCCAAGAGCUUGGCCUUGUAUUUCUGGAAAGGGGAACUGGAAGAAUCCACUGAAAUACUGCUGUUAGUGAAAACAAGGACAUCCAAAAUAGACGAAUUGUCCAACUACGUCAGAUCCAUCCAUCCCUUUGAAAUUCCUGAAAUCAUCAGCCUGCCUAUUGACCAAGGAAACCCUCUCUACCUCAAAUGGAUAGAGGAAAGCAUCCCACGGGAGUGA